AUGUUCGUUGAACUCCUCCUGUGCCUCCUCACAUGGUGUUACGCUCUUCGCUGCAAAGGUCUACAAAUCAGUAAAUAUAAAAACCAAAGUUCCUUUUUAAGCAGUUUGCAUGCAGCGAAUGUCGCGCGUGGUUAUCAUGUCUACCAUUUGAAAAGGGAGACAUUCGGGGGCAGUGGCGCACUGCGCGUUCGGGGGGAGAAGCGGGGCCAGGCGCUCCUGGGUGGGCGCAGCGAGAGAGCUCAGCAUGGGGAUGAGGAGGAUGUUGAAGAAGAUGACGAAGAGGGUGUAGAAGAAGUCGACGAAGAGGAUGUCGAAGAAGAUGACGAAGAUGAUGAAGUAGAUGAUGCAGUAGAUGAUGCAGUAGAUGAUGACCAAGCGGACGUAUCCCGCCUGGAGCGCCUCGCCACGUACGAGAGACUGCUAAACGCGGAGGGGGAGGAAGAUGACCAAAUGCUGUCCCCGAAAUAUAACAUGAACAUCUACAACGUGCUGGAGAAGCACUACGAGCAGAAGGAAGAAAGUAAGGAGAUCCUAACCGUCCACAAUUUGAACUACGAAAUUAGUAAUAAGAAACUUAUAACCAAUUUGAAUUUUCACGUGCACAAGUCGGAGUGUGUUGGACUUAUAGGCAACAAUGGCUGCGGAAAAACGUCGCUCUUGAAUUUAAUUUUCGACCACUCAGAUAACAGCAACAAAAGUAUAAUCAUAAAUAACAAAGUUGCCAAAGAUGAGGUGAAAAAUUUUAGCCUAACUGAGGAGAACAUGCAAACAAUGGUGAAGAAAAAUAAAUUUGAUUUUCUUUACAAAAUUUUACACCACAUGAAAAUGAAUUCUCUCGAGUUGUCCCAACUUCCAUCGAUUGUAAAAGGUAAAGAUGUCUCCUAUUUUGAGCGGGUCACCAAGAAAAAAGGAGGAAACGAAAAUGACCUUUUUUUUAAAAACGGAAUUUUUUAUUUCAAGCAGAAUAUUCACCUUUUGGAGAAAAACAAUUUGACCGUAUUUGAAAAGGUACUGAAAUUUUAUCAACCCGUUUUAGACAAAUACGAGGUGUUAAAUUAUAUCGAAAGGGAGAUCAGUUCGUACAAAAAUUUGGGCGCUGUCCAGAGGUCCAAUCGGGGUGCCACUGGGAGAGGUGGUGAGGAAUGCCCUGUGGGUGAUAGCCCAAAUGGGGAAGACGUCCAACUAAAGGGGGGAAGUUACACUGCCAAAAAAAAUGUGAACAUGAUCGAAUGUGUAGAAUCAAAAGCGGGUGGCGCACCCCCCAACGAGCAGGCGAAAUCCCUCGCGGAAUCCUUCGCGAAUUCCAAACUGCUCCAGAUGGUGCUCAAACUUUACAUGCAUGAAAAGGAACAUGUUUUCAAAGAGAUAAACCAAGUAAAAAUGAAUUUCCAUAAAUACCUCAACAUUUUGAACUUAAAAAAUUUGCUGCAUGUGAAGCUGAGCAACUUGAGCAACGGCUACAUCAUCCGAGUGUACCUCCUGCUGCUUCUACUAAGCAACGCGAAACUUCUGCUAAUAGACGAAAUAAAUAACAAUUUGGACAUAUUUAACAUUUUCUUCGUUAUGAACAUUUUUCACUACUCCCUCAAGUAUAAAGAAAUCGGCAUCGUUUUGGCUAGCCACGAUUUCUUCCUCGUCAGCAAAUUGUGCAAUCGAAUUUUAGACUUUAACAAAAUUUAUGGACACGAUAUAGACUUUAACAACAUGGCAUUAUUAAAGAGGAUAAGCAGAAGCGGCCAUCAAGCUGUUCACUCAGAUGUUGCAGAGGAAGUACAAAGAAAAAAUGAGCAAAAUUCGAACAUCACCUUUUUCAAGGGGAACUACACGCAGUACUUACACAGUAUGAAGAUACUCUUCGAUAAUAGGAGGAAAAAAAAAGAAGAAUUGAAAAAAAUUAUGGACCAAUUAAGUGCUGCCAUAAAUCAAGUUAAGAAAAAAAAAAAAAACGAAUUCAUGCAUCAGUCUUUAAAAAAAAAAGAAGAAGAAUUUAAAUUAUACCAAAGUGUGUACUCUACCCUUUUUGAUAGUACUUUGAAUUAUCAGUACAUGUACUAUAAUUUGAUUUAUAGCAGGAAGGGUGAGAAGGGGGGUGUGCAGGCGGGGAGGGAGAACCUCGGCCGUGUGGGAAGUGGCGCUGCUGAGGGGAAUUCGAGUGGGGAAGAGAAAGCCGCUCAGCAGGCGGCUUAUCAGACCGCUCACCAUGCCGCUGACCACGCCGACCACGCCGCUAACCACGGCGCUCACCCGGAAGAGGGCGUGGAAUCCCUCGUGUACAACAGCAUGAAGGACGUAGAGGGCGACAUGAACAAGAACAUCCUCAUCGACAUGAGCAAAAAAAUAAAAAACAACGAGCUGAUCGAAACGGGCGAGAGGUACGCAAAGAACAACGUCUCCCUCUACGAAUUCGACAACUUCUCCUUCUACUUUUGGAACAGAAAAAAGAAAAAAAAAAAAUACAUUUUUAAAAACAUGAAUCUGAGCAUUAGCAGCGGCGAAAAUGUCCUCCUCUUGGGGAAAAAUGGAAUUGGAAAAUCCACCUUUUUUAAGAUACUGACGAAUCGGUACAAAUUUCAGAUGGGCACGGAAGGCGGUAGGCAUAGGAGAAGUGCCUAUGCGUAUGGAGACAGCGAGGAUGAAGAGGAAGUCCCUCAGGGAGGUGUCUACCUGAAUGGUGGAAAAGCAAGUAAAGCAAACCCAACAAAAGACAAAAUGGCCAACUUCGAAGGUAAAAUACACUGCAACUUUGACAACGUCCUCCUGACCUACUUUGAGCAAAAUAUGAUUAAAAAAUUGCACCUGGAAAUUAACGAAUAUUUUAGGUACCUAAUUGAGCAGGUGAAUUACGAGCCAGUUCACUUCGACGACGGUUUGGACGUCGACCGAGUGGACGCUGUUAUGGAAAAUUAUGAAGGGAGCAACUUCAACAGUGGCAUCCUUAGCCCCUCCGCAAAGGAACACUUCUUUUUCUACGUGUUGAACAAAACCAAGCCAUUUUGCAACGAACAGGACGUGACCAACAUUGAAGAGAAAAUAAAAGCGCUGCUGAAAAUAUUCUACAUCGAUAGCUCCACAUGUAUGAAGGAUAAAAGUGGAGGGGAAAAAGUGCGAAUAUUAUUCCUUUCGUUAUUUUUAAAAAAAUCAAAUUUGCUGCUACUCGACGAAAUAAAUAACAAUUUAGAUAUUUACUUAAAAAAUCUUCUCUUAAAUUUUUUAAAUUAUAUUUAUCAAGGCAGCUACAUUUUGACAACUCACGAUUUUUACAUGAUCAAGAAUUUGACCAACGUCCACAAAGUCGUUUACAUAUUUGAUUACCAGAAUGUCUUUACCUUUUACAAUGUGCAGGAUUUUAUACGGAACUUCUACCACUUUGUUUUGCACUCUUUUGACACGCUCCACCAGGCCGACCAUCCGGAGCAGCGGCAGGAGCGGCAUGAGCGGCAGCAACGCCAGAGGCAGCCGCUAACAGAGCAAACGGAGCAACUACCCGACUCUCCCCAAGGUAUCGCCGACCGUGUCACUCCUCAGAACAGCGAAACCGCGAACAACCCACCGCAUAACGAACGUGGGGGAGGCCACCCAUAUGCAGACCCACAGGAAGAGGAAGAAAAACAAAAUCGAGAAAAUUAUGACCAAAUACUGUACGAUAAUUAUGACUAUAAAAUUUUGCAGUUCUUAAAAACGCAAUAUGAAAAGGAUAGAAAUGAAAGAGAAAAUUUUGAACAAAUAACUGAUCAUGAGGAGGGCGACAUUUUCGAAAAAAAAAAAGUCAAUAGGAAAAAUUUUGGAGGAAAAGGCUCUUCCGGCAAAAUAAAAAUAAAAAAUUGGAAGCGCUGGAAAAAGUGA